GGCCCCGGCCCGGCUCCAUAAGGCCGCGGGCCGCCGGCCGGACCCAGCGCCCCAGCCGGGAGGGGCGAUGAGGACGCGGAUCGCCAUGGCCUGGGCCCGGGCGGCGCGGAGCUGCCUCUGCCUCCUGCUGCUGGCCGCGCCCGGGCAGCCGGGCCGGGCGGGUUUCCAGCAGGUUUCUCAGUUGUCUUCCUAUGAAGUUGUAAUCCCGCAGAGGUUAGGAAGAGAACGGCGAGAGGCUUCCAAUGUCUCUUCAGUCCAGGACAAGGUGUCGUAUGCUAUUGAGAUCGAGGGAAAUGAAUACACGAUUCAUCUAGAAAAGAACAAGGAACUGCUGCCCAAAGACUUUGCGGUUUACACCUAUGAUAAGGAGGGGAAGCUGCAAUCUGAGUAUCCAGAUAUCCAGGAUCACUGCCAUUAUCAGGGAUACGUGGAGGGGACCCUGGAUUCCGUGGUUGCUGUCAGCACGUGCUCGGGGCUCAGGGGUUUGGUGACAAUAGGGAACAUCACCUAUGGAAUUGAGCCCAUGGAUUCCUCUUCUGGCUCUAAACACAUUCUAUAUCGACUGGAUAAUGUGAAGAGAGAGUCCGCGACGUGUGGGGUGACCAUGGAAGACCACGAAAGGGAACAUACAGAGGAAAAUCACCAUCCCAGUAUGACUCAGCUGCUGCGGAGAAAGAGGGCGGUCCUACAUCAGACAAGAUAUGUGGAGCUGUUCAUAGUUGUGGAUAAAGAGAAGUUUGAAGAUUUUGGGAAGAGUGAAACAGAAGUGAGAGAACACAUGGUGCAACUGGCAAACUUCCUGGACAGCAUGUACAUCAUGUUGAACAUCCGCAUUGUGCUGGUUGGUCUAGAGAUUUGGAAGUAUGAAAACUUAAUUAGCACAGACGGAGGUGCUGGGGAUGUGCUGGCAAAUUUUGUACAGUGGCGAGAGAAGAAUCUUGUUUUGCGCCGGAGGCAUGACAGCGCCCAGUUUGUUCUGAAGAAGGGCUUUGGUGGCACAGCUGGAAUGGCCUAUGUGGGAACAGUGUGCUCCAAGAGCCACGCAGGAGGCAUUAACGUGUUCGGAAGAAUCAGUAUACAGAUGUUUGCAUCGAUUAUGGCUCAUGAACUGGGGCAUAACCUGGGGAUGAACCACGAUGAUGAACGCGUCUGUCACUGCGGAGCAAGCAGUUGCAUUAUGAGCUCUGGAGCAUCAGGAUCGAGGAACUUCAGCAGCUGCAGUGCGGAAGACUUUGAGAAGCUAACUCUUAACAAAGGUGGGAGCUGCCUGCUCAACGUUCCCAAGCCCGAUGAAACCUAUAGUGUCCCAUACUGCGGGAACAGGCUGGUAGAUGCCGGGGAGGAAUGUGACUGUGGUUCACCAAAGGAAUGUGAAAGUGAUCCUUGCUGUGAACCAGGUACUUGCAGACUCCGAUCCGGUGCUGAAUGUGCUUACGGUGACUGCUGCAAAAACUGCCGGCUCCUUCCUGGAGGAACCGAGUGUCGGGCGAGCAACAACGAGUGUGACCUUCCAGAGUACUGCAACGGCACCUCCCAGUUCUGCCAGCCCGACUUCACCGUUCAGAACGGUCACCCCUGCCACAACGAGGAAGCCUACUGUUACAAUGGCGUUUGCCAGUACUACGAUGCGCAGUGUCAGGAUAUCUUUGGCUCAAAAGCCAAAGCAGCGCCCAACAUUUGUUUUGCUGAAGUGAAUUCCAAGGGUGACAGAUUUGGCAACUGUGGUUUCCAUGGCCAUGACUACAAGAAAUGUUCCAGCUGGAAUGCCAUGUGUGGGAAGCUGCAAUGUGAAAACGUGAAAACGAUGCCUGUGUUUGGGAUUAAGCCUGCUAUUAUCCAGACUCCCAUUACAGGCACCACGUGCUGGGGUGUGGAUUUCCAGCUAGGCUCUGAUGUCCCGGACCCAGGAAUGGUGAAUGAAGGCACCAAAUGUGAUACUGGAAAGAUCUGCAGGCACUUCCAGUGCGUGAGUGCCUCCGUGCUCAACUACAACUGCGACGUGGAGCGGCAGUGCCACGGGCACGGGGUGUGCAAUAACAACAGGAACUGUCACUGUGAAGCAGGCUGGGCCCCUCCUCACUGCGACACCAAGGGCUACGGAGGAAGUCUGGACAGUGGCCCCCCGUAUAACGACAAAGACACCUCGCUGAGAAAUGGGCUGCUGGUGUUUUUUUUCCUGAUCCUCCCGCUCCUUAUAGCUGCUGCUCUGGCAUUUGUAAAAAGAGACCGGCUGAAGCGAUGCUACAGAAGAUUAAUGUCACGCUGCCAUUCGUCACUGCAGCCACCACCUCCUAGAACAGAAAUGGAACCGAGAGACUACCCCCCCAGAGGCUUUUCCCACGGCAUGCCUUACGCUCCCAGAGGUGUUCCCACGGAUAUGGAACCAAACGCUUUUCCUGCUCCGUCGUACCCAGUUAGCCGGCAUCCUCAGCAGGCUUACCACCAGUCGUACUACCCGGCUCCGCAGUACCAGGCGUCGCAGCCACAGAAGCUGCCGACGAGGCCGCCACCGCCACAACAGAAGUGUGCACCUCAGGGACCUCCUCCACCCCAGCAGAAAUGUUUACCUCAGGGACACUAUUUCCCUUCUCGACCGGCACCUUUGCCUCCCAAAUAGCGUUUGGCUUCUCUGGGGCCUUGACGUGAGCCGAGCUGUUCACGGAGCCAGAGCUGAAGUUGCAGUUUCCCUUCUCGCAUCGAGUGGCCCGUGGAGAUCCCGGAGAGCCUUCCUUCUGCAGCCCGGGAUACGGCAAACGAGAUACUGAAACGAGGAAUGUAAACCUUUAAACUAAAUACCUCUACCAAAGCUACAGGAACUGAAAACAUCCAACGCGCUCUUAGAGCUGUCCCAGCAGUGUGGCUUUGUCACCCGCAGCGGGGCUCCGGCCGGAGCAGCCCGCGCUUCAGUCAUCUUCAAAGUACAGCACGUGGGAGUCGCUUCUGCUUUCCCCAUUUCUGCCACGAGCCCUAAUAACGAAAUUGUCUGGUUUGUUGUCGUCUUUCUAAAGGUACAGUGAAGGUUUGAAGUAACCCACGCCAUUUUCAAAACAAGGAGAUCCGGCCAAUUAAUUUAAAAUUAUUUCGCAUGGACUGGAAAAUGUUUUCCUUUACACAUUAAUGGCACAAGUGAAAUAAGGUAUCAGUGUACUUUUUCAGAGGAAGAUAAAUAUAUUGUAAACAUGUUUAUGCAUGUAUAAAUGUUUAUUGGUGUGUAAUAAUGCACUUAAAAUCUUACUUCCGUGCUGACUGACACUAAGCUGUGCUAUAUGAGCACUCAGUUUAAUGGGUUUAAAUUAGUAAUCGUGAGUUGCUAAACGAGGAUGCUGUACUAAUUUCCACUAAUAUCUUGAACUGCAAGACAACGUAGCGGAGGGCUACGAGGAUGAUCGGGGGACUGGACUAGAUGGUCUCCGGAGGUCCCUUCCAGCCCCUGCCAGUCCGGGGUCCUGUGAAGGGGCCGUGAAAAUAAAGGUACGAAAAGACAACGGCCGUAUUUGGGGUUAAAAGAAUGGGGCGCUCUUAGGUUUUAAUUUUGGUCUGAAGACUGAGUAACAGUCCCUGCAGAACAUCGAGAAGCAAAAAAUGUCUCUCUGCCUGGACCACCUGAGCUGCUCUCAGCACUUUAAACAGGAGCCUGUUGACUAAUGCGAAUUUUUCGCCUAAUCCUCCAACCCGUUUAGUGUCAGUCAGGAUGUGUCCGGCUAACGUGCGUUAGGGGGGGCUGCCGCCCGCUUCCGCGCCGCCCACCGUACUGGAGUUUAAAACGCCUUCUGAAAAGGGGCGUUCGGCGCCCGGCUGCUGGCCAGGGAGAGCUGUUGAUGGUGGUUCCGCGGUGCCGUGGGUAGGAACCGGACGCUGGUGGUCACAAACACAAAUCCGUUGCACAAACUCACUAGAAGUGCAGUAAGUACUGAAAAGAGUGCUUGGCUUAUUCACGUUGUGCUAGCCAUCGAGUACAAACUCCAAUCUGUAAAAUCCCCCAUAAUAUUGCCAAAAAGAAAUCUUUUCCUCUGUAUAUACUUAUAUAAAUAUAUAUAUAUAUAGUGUUUGCAUUUGCAGUAAUAAAAUACUUGAACUCCUGUGGUUUCCCAUAAACGUAGACUAAGGUUUAUAACACUAUUAAAAUAUGUAAAAUGUCAGCUAGAAUAUCACCAGAUGUAUUUGGGGGGCGUCUUCUCUUUGUUCCAAGAUAAUCACUUCCUAAUUUUUGUUGUAUUCUGCUCAGUUUGGGCCGUCUGUUUGUCCGUCCGUAGUGACCGGCCCUGCAGCCGGAGGCCGAUGGCGCGGGGCCGCUCGGAGGGUGGGGAGGAGAGGAGGGAAUCCAGGGAAUGAGGUCACCGGGAGAGACGUACUUCAUUGUAUUCGAAGCUGUUUGUGUGAACUAAAACUAUGCUGAAAAUGGUGCCUUUUAAUAGCUAAGAGCUUUUAUACUUCCAGCGUGCACAUUAGCAGUAUUGCAGGGUGGUGGUGUAGGGCAGCGCACACGCGGUUUUUAGACGUGAUCCUACGGAAAGGAAAUAGCUCAAAUUUUACAUGUGUUGAAUAUUGAAGAUGACUACUGACUUUCUUUUUUAAAGUGUACGCGUACCCCUGUCCCCCGAGGAGGUCUGUGUCCCGCACACGUUUAGACCGGUGCCCUCCGCAGACCCGUCCCCGCUCUGUGCGUCGCGUCGCUCCUGUGCCGUCGGGGCCUGACGAAAGGGCUGUUACCGACCCCUUUGUAAGAAUCAAACGAGCAAUAAAGAUGCCAGUUUUGUACAAG